CCUUCUCCUCCAUCCACAGUCGUCGCCCGACGGACGGUUUCGGUUCGAACAGAAUCCGGUUAGAUUUGAUCUGUAACAAUCGGUUCGAAAACCGGCGACCGGCGGUUUGAACCGGAGGUUCCGAUCCAGAUGGGCGUUCAGUGAUGAUAAACCCUACUCUGCCCAAAUUCACAUUACGAUGGCCAUGGCUGCUACUCCUCUCUUCAACCUUCCAACACGUUUAUCUUUCACCGAAAAAUCUGCUGCGAUUUCACUCUCUCCGCGUAUGCAAUACCGUUCCAUGCGUCCCCGCUCCUCCUCUUCGUCGUCCAACAAUCAACCUCUGUCGUCGGAGCAAGCGGUUUUCGAAGCGGUUGCCAAUUUCGAUCUUAAUGAAAAAACUUUGCCGGCCGUGAGGACGUUCGAGAAUGAUUUGGCCAGGCUAACAGUAGUGGGUGCUGUCGACUUCCAGCAGGCUCUUACUGCCGCUGCUGCAGACGGCGGAGAAGCCGCCGAUGAGCAUAUAUCUUCUGGACUCACUGCCAUGGUUGUGGAAACUGUACAUCCUGGCCAAUAUGAGGAUUGUAGCACUAUUUCAACACGAUUGUUUUUACCUGUUAGGAAAGUGAAAGAGAAGGCUAUAAAGUUUAACAAAUCACUGAAAAAGGGAGUCUUGGAUGGAACUAUGUCAAAAAAUAUACUUGCCAUGACUUUCAGACAAGUGGUUUUGCAACAUCUUUGGAGUCUUGACCUGACACUUUUUAGUCUUGGAACCGAAAGAAAUAUGGAUGAUCUUGAAAAUCCGAGAGAGGUACCUGUAUUGUUGAACUUCAGCUCAUCGGAUGAAAGGAUAAUUUCUGCAGUGGCAGAGGUUGUAUGCACUGCUGCUCUUGAAAGCACUAAAAGAAAUUUCUUUCAUGAGUCGUCUAUGAACAUGGCAAAUAGGCUCUUUAGUUUGUCUAAAAGGCACAAACAUAUCUCAUCCAGAGAUUCCUCAGUUGUGCUGUAUAAUCUUCUUGACCAUGAGAUUAUUGCUAAUGCUAGGACACUGCUAAAAAAGUUUUCCUCAGAAAGAGGGAAAGUUAAACUCAGGAAAAGAAAAUUGAAGAACAGUUGGUGGACAUCGUCUACAUUCUUGAGAUUGCAAAAAAUUGGUGGCCCGGAGUUUUGUUCUUGGAUAAGUGAAUGGGUACCUUCAUACCUGUUAGAAAUUGAUGCUAAUAAGCUCAGUGGUGUGAAGUUUGAAGGGUGGAAGAGAACUAAAGAAAAUAGAUGGGAAAUUGUUCUAACACAUUCCCAAAUGGUUGGAUUGGCUGACAUUCUGGAUAUGUACUAUGAGGAUUCUUUCACGCUGCCUAGCAAGACACUGUCAUGUUACGCUAUGACAAAAUUAUCCAACCUGACCAUGAAUAAGGGCCCUUCUUUGUUAAAGAUGUUUGCAACUAUACUUGUGAGUGGUAUUUUGCUAGUGACAAUUAGUCUUCUGAGUAAACUUCUCCCACAUUUGCCUAUUGGAAAGAAACAUAUUCAGGAGAACACCAAGCAACUAUCAUCUGAGAUGAGCUGUACUCCCCUAGACUCCGUGGAUCCCUACGAGCUGGAUGCAUGCUGCGUUGCAAUAAUUCAGAAAUUGAAGGAUUCUUAUGGUUGGCCGGGAGAAAUAUUGAAAGACUCUGGUGCCUGCGCAUGGAUCGGUGAACUUCCCAAAUUUCUGAGGAAAGUAGAUGAUGACGUUUUAUCAAAUUUACCUCCGGGAACAAGUUCUGAAGAGACGAAAGCCUUGGAAGAUAUUGCAAGUUAUCAGGUGGUGGUGUCGACUGACUGGAAAAUCAUCGGAUUUCAACCAACCAAUCGCAUUGCAGUUAAUAAUUGGGCAUCAAAUCCAUUGGCUAGAGAACUAUAUGGCAGAAAGAAUCUUUCUCCUGGGUUGAUAGAACCUCGUCUCAUCGUCAGGCAUCCAGGUGGAGGAGCAAUAGUAGCUUUGGAGCUUUUGAUGUCUUCAAAUCCCAAUUCCUGCUUUGCUUUAGUUAGGUCUAUUGAUUUUAGCUGAAAUUUUGUAAGAUUGUUUUUAUCAGCAGUAACACAUGUCGGCUAUUUAUAUACUUAUUUAUAAUAAUUUAACUUUUAUUUA